AUGCGUCGAUCGUUCCUCGAGCGCGCGCGACGGGUGGAGGACGCGGACGGGUCGGUGGACGGCGGCGACGCCGAGGGUGCCGACGCAUGGACGCGCGAAGGGGCGAACGGGCCUGGGGUGGACGAUGCUUGGAUGGAUGGGACGGCGGGCGCGGGGACGUUCGUGCGGGAGCUUCCGGGGGCGUCGAGCUCGCUCGAGGCGGCGGUGGUGCGAGCGAUGGGGGAGGUGUCUUUGGGUAGGGUUUUUGAACGCGCUGGGGUGAAGACGCUGACGCGGGAGACCCGGGGGGGGGUGAUGGCGAUCGACGAGAAUGCGGUGCGCGCGGCGACGGACGCGGCGACGGACGCGGCGAUGGAGGCGAAGACGCGGGCGUUGGCGUCGCACGCGGCGAGCGGGGGGUGGAGAGGAACCGCGACGGAGGAUAGCGCGCAGGGCGCUUUUCAGCGGGCGGUUUUCGCGAAGAAAUUACACGAAAAGAUUGUCGCGGCGGUGACGCUGGAGGUGCGCAGACGGGCGGAGAGCGAGCUGCGGAGCGCGAGGAGACGAGCGCAAGAGAUGGACCUCGCGGGGCGACAUGAGGCGCGAGAACGAUUGGAUAAGCAGCGUCAGGUCCCGCAUGAGCCUUGGUUUUUGAUGGAGACGCCGAAGGAGGAGCAACAGAGGCUACGAAAGCACGCGGCGUUGGAGGCGGCGGCGUUGGAGGCGGGCUCCGAGGUGCCGCCGCCGCCGCUACCGGCGAACGUGCACGUGGAGGCGGUUCCGGAUCCCACCGACGAGUCCGUCACCGGUGUGGUUAAGUUUUGCUUUUACGCGGUGCGCUCGCAUCCACGACCGAUUCAAAAGGUGCUCGAUUACCUCUUCGGGUACUCCCCGGCGGUGGACGGCGAGGACUUGGAGGACAUCGCGGCGUACGCGCAGGGACUUCCCGUGUCCAGGGGGAAGACGCCGAGGGAGUUGGCGGUGACGUACGCGACGAAUCUUGAUAAAAUAUUAGGAGAGCGGGACAAGGUGGUGCUCAAGGGUUUAAUCAAGAACGUGCGAGACGAGUGGGCGACGCACAUCAAGGCUGGCCAAGACGCGGUGCAACAGCUCGAGUCCACGCCGCUUGACUCUGCGCAAGAUAUCAGUGAGCAAAAUCGAGACAGUUGGCUCCGCGCAAUGUUUCCCACGCUUGAUUGGCCCGCCCAAGACCGUCGAAAUCGCAGAUUCGUCGAGGGUCUCGGACAGAACCUCGAGGUGACGAGGACUAUCACGACUUCGAGGCCGGUGCCGCUCGCCAUCGCGCGCGCGGCGGUCGCCAAACGCGACGUCACAGAUCCACACCGAAAGACCGAAGAGGUGGAGGUGGAUGGGAGAAUUGUCCGUCACGCCGCAGACGGCGUCCCCAUCGUCGCUCCAGAGGGUUUCUUCCCGAGUUCGGCGUCCAUCCAAGCUCGCAAAGCAGAGGCCAAAAAAUUCCGAGCCGCCGCGCAAGCCGCCGAGGAUAAACUCGCCGCCCGCCGACGCGGAUGA